CAAGAGGGGAAGGGGGGGAGGGUUACUGAACUAUUGAGGGACAGUAUAACGAGUUUAGCUAUUUACAUAAAUCAACACACGAGCCAAAGGCGAUGGGCAACUAUAGUGCACCCUCACUAAUUAGCUUCCGACUGGACCAGCCAUCGACGGAGUGGCGGAAGCCUAUCUCAGUGACGAGUGCGAGUCUCUUACUGCUGUUUGUGAUCCCGAUCAUCCUGCAAGGCUCGCUGCUGCAUCCGAAGUUUGCUCGCUGGCGGCUUGGACGAUGGGUGCGGCUGGGGCUGACGCCGAUGAACGUCUAUCUGGGCCUGAAGGCGCCGCUCGAAUACGUGAUCGUGCCCGUCGAACGCUGCGGUGGAUUCAACUUCUGUCUCUGCAUCUGGGGCACACAGUUGGCCCUCAAGGCUCUCCUCUUCGGCCUCUCCCCCGGUUACCUCCAGGGAAGAUGUUGGACCCGGGACGAGGCCGCGUUGACCCCUAACGAGAAACUUUACACCCUGCAGCCCCCUCACCAAAAGGAUGAUUAUAGCUGGAAAGAAGUCGCCCAAUGGACCCUCAAACAUACCCUUUCUCCGCGAGGAAUCCAAUACGGAUGGGGCUUGAAGAGCGAGUUGAACCAACGAACGUUCGGGCAAGUGUUGAAACGGUUAUACAAAGUGCACGUCCUUUCGCUGAUAGCGACAGGAUAUUGUGUGGCGAGUCGGGACUAUGGUUCGCCUACGAAAGUGUUAGUAGGGCUCGGCUUACCGGAGACGAUAUGGACGACGAUAGUAGCCGAGUUCCUCGCCUCCCUGAGUUUCCCGGCCUACCUAUUAUCAUGGUUCGACAUCGGGUACACAUACCUCAGCCUGAAUGCCUACAUGAUCAGCUGGCUCCAUCGCGAGAAAGGCCUGCCCGUCCCGGAAUCGAUCAUGGAAUGGCUCGACCCCAGACUCUACACCGUCAUCUUCCAGUCCCCGCAUACCGUCUCCUCCUUGAACGAACUUUGGUCCAAGGGCUGGCACCAAUUCCUCAGGGCUGAUCUCAUCUUCUUCGGCGCAAGACCCGCUAUCUCUUUAGCUAAGAAGGCCGGGCUCUCGAAAAAUGCACAGAAGAUUUGCAGUCUCUUUGCCGUCUUCAUCCUCAGUGGAAUCUUACACGAGAUCUAUGUGCUUUCGUCGGUAUCAACGAAGAUCUCGUUGACGAGUUAUCUGCGAGAGACCCCGUUUCCGGGGACGUUUUUCUUCUUCAUGAUCCAGCCGCUCGGGAUCCUGGUGGAGCCCUUGAUAAUCCCCUGGAUCCCGAAGCUCGUGGGCGGCGGCACGCUGUGGGUCUGGCUGUUCUCCUUGCUGAUGAUCACCCCCUAUCGCAAGGCCUUGCUCGGCCCCUUCGGCGCGAUCGAUCAGGCCCUCCCGCCCCUCCCUCAAUGGCCCCUCUAUUCUUUCUUCGUCCCCGGUACUCUCUAUCGUCUCCGUUAAUCGCCAUCUCUCUCUUUUACUCCUCUUAAAUUCUUCACUUUUUUGUUCUCUCUCUCUCUCUUUCAUAUUGAUCAGAAACUCCCCCCCUUUGAAAUGAUCCUCAUACUACUACAUUGUAUUUAUAAAUCUCUGGUUUGAAGUUUCCCUUGGAUAGAAGGUUCAAUUCAAGUUGAUUUUUGAUAGACUUAAUGAAGUAUUAAUUAAUUACCAAAAUACCCUUUAAUAUAAGAUUCACUUCCAACACACGA